AUGGACAGUUCGGCACUGUCCCGAGUCUCAUCGACGCUCUCAUCGGACUCUGUUGCAGAUCUCUUCUUCUUCGACUCGGAAAUUUUUAUAGACACCAGCCCAAAUGACGUGAACAAGGUAAACAAGAGUGUGAAAAAAGAAGAUGGCAAUGAAGAAAGGAAUGGAACGCAUGAUGUGGUUGCUCUCAAAAAUCCGAAUACUGUUGCUAUCUGCACACCACCUGGAAUGGUCACAGAACUGCCAUCCAAGGCCACGCUCGAUAUUUCAGAUGAUAGCAAAUCGUUGAAUGCGCGCAUUCCACCAGUGGUUCACUCCGAACUGUUCGACACGAUUAAAAAGCUGAGGGCUAUGGCAGGAUUAACAAAGAAAUUUCCCGAAGAUGCUUCAAUGUUUAAGAGAACGGAUUUGGAUGCUAAUGUCGUAGUAGCAUACAGGGCGACAAGAUUGCUGAAACCUUUGCAUCCACCGUGGAGUGUCGGAAACGCAACUGAGUGCAGUCCUCUAGCUGUCGUUGCUCUCAAUCUGAAGUUUUCUGUCAACUGGCGCAUGGUUCUCCCACAGCGUUCAUCUUCAACUUCACCUCCAUAG